AUUUCCUAGCGAACUGUGGGCGCUGCGCCUCUUUCCGGCGCUGCAGAGGCGUGCUGGCAGCCGGCGUGCGGGCUGCAUGGAUCCCGGCGGCCGGUGGCGGGGCUUGCCCGGGGGGCCCAGCCUCAAGCACCUGACGGAUCCCUCCUACGGGAUCCCCCGGGAGCAGCAGAAGCCCGCGCUACAGGAGCUGACGCAGGCGCACGUGGAGUCCUUCAACUACGCGGUGCGCGAGGGGCUCAGCCACGCGGUGCAGGCUAUACCUCCCUUUGAAUUUGCUUUCAAAGAUGAGCGGAUCUCUCUCACUAUUGUGGAUGCUGUCAUCAGCCCCCCCACCGUUCCCAAAGGGAGCAUCUGCAAGGAGCUCAAUGUUUAUCCUGCAGAAUGCCGGGGCAGGAGGAGCACCUACCGGGGAAAGUUGACAGCUGAUAUCAGCUGGGCUGUAAACGGAAUCUCAAAAGGAACCAUUAAGCAGUUUCUUGGCUAUGUUCCCAUCAUGGUGAAGUCCAAGCUUUGCAACUUAUACAACCUUCCUCCAAAAGCCCUCAUUGAGCACCAUGAGGAACCAGAGGAAAUGGGAGGCUAUUUCAUAAUCAAUGGCAUUGAAAAGGUCAUCCGAAUGUUGAUUAUGCCUCGGAGAAAUUUCCCUAUUGCAAUGAUAAGACCAAAAUGGAAAGCUAGAGGGCCUGGCUACACUCAAUAUGGAGUGUCAAUGCACUGUGUGAGGGAAGAACACUCUGCUGUCAAUAUGAACCUUCACUACUUGGAAAAUGGCACAGUUAUGUUGAACUUUAUUUACCAGAAAGAACUGUUUUUUCUUCCUUUGGGAUUCGCACUUAAGGCACUUGUCAGCUUUUCCGAUUACCAGAUUUUUCAGGAGCUCAUCAAAGGAAAAGAGGACAACUCUUUCUUGAGGAACUCUGUUACUCAGAUGUUAAGGAUGGUGAUGGAGGAAGGUUGUUCCACACAGAAGCAGGUCCUUAACUAUCUGGGUGAACGCUUCAGAGUAAAGCUCAGUCUCCCUGACUGGUAUUCAAAUGAACAAGCGGCAGAGUUUCUGUUUAACCAGUGUAUCUGUAUCCACUUGAAAUCUAAUACUGAGAAGUUUUAUGUACUUUGUCUCAUGACCCGGAAGCUGUUUGCUUUGGCCAAAGGAGAGUGCAUGGAGGAGAAUCCUGAUAGUUUAGUGAAUCAGGAAGUGCUCACACCCGGGCAGCUCUUCCUCAUGUUUCUGAAGGAAAAAAUGGAAGCGUGGUUAGUAUCUGUUAAAAUAGGUAUGGACAAGAAGGCCCAGAAGACCAAUAUGUCUAUAAACAGUGAAAAUUUGAUGAAGAUUUUAAGUCUGGGAAUAGACCUUACAAAACCAUUUGAGUAUCUUCUUGCUACUGGGAAUCUGCGUUCCAAAACAGGUCUUGGCUUCCUGCAAAAUUCUGGACUUUGUGUCGUGGCUGAUAAGCUGAACUUCAUCCGCUAUCUCUCCCAUUUCCGCUGUGUGCACAGAGGGGCUGACUUUGCCAAGAUGAGGACCACCACAGUGCGCAGGCUGCUGCCGGAGUCUUGGGGUUUCCUUUGUCCCGUGCACACUCCUGAUGGGGAGCCCUGUGGCCUGAUGAACCACUUAACUGCCAUAUGCGAGGUGGUCACGCAGUUUGUAUACACAGCAUCUAUUCCAGCUUUGCUCUGCAACCUGGGGGUUACUCCAGUUGAUGGAACGCCUCACCGACCUUACGCCGAGUGCUACCCUGUCCUGCUGGACGGUGUCAUGGUUGGCUGGGUGGAUAAGGAGCUUGCUGCUGGUGUUGCAGCUUCUCUCCGGCAUUUUAAGGUGUUGAGAGAAAAAAGAAUCCCUCCCUGGAUGGAGGUGGCCCUUGUCCCCAUGACAGGAAAACCAAGUCUGUACCCAGGACUGUACCUUUUCACCACUCCUUGUAGGCUGGUGCGGCCUGUGCGAAACUUGGAAUUGGGCAAAGAAGAGCUGAUUGGAACUAUGGAGCAACUCUUCAUGAAUAUUGCCAUCUUCGAGGAUGAGGUUUUUGCUGGAUUGACCACCCACCAGGAACUCUUCCCUCACAGCCUGUUGAGUGUGAUCGCCAACUUUAUCCCUUUCUCCGAUCACAACCAGAGUCCAAGGAACAUGUACCAGUGCCAGAUGGGUAAACAAACUAUGGGCUUCCCACUUCUCACUUAUCAAGACCGAUCCGAUAAUAAGCUGUAUCGUCUUCAGACCCCACAAAGCCCUUUGGUGAGGCCGUGCAUGUAUGAUCACUAUGACAUGGACAACUAUCCAAUUGGGACCAAUGCCAUCGUUGCUGUUAUUUCUUAUACUGGCUACGAUAUGGAAGAUGCCAUGAUUGUGAAUAAGGCUUCUUGGGAACGAGGUUUUGCCCAUGGAAGUGUCUACAAAUCUGAGUUCAUAGAUCUCUCUGAAAAAAUUAAACAAGGAGAUGAUAGUCUGGUGUUUGGAGUCAAACCUGGUGACCCGCGGACUGUGCAGAAGUUAGAUGAGGAUGGAUUGCCAUUUAUUGGAGCACAGCUGCAGUACGGAGAUCCCUAUUACAGCUAUGUAAACCUCAACACUGGCGAGAGCUCUGUGAUGUUCUACAAGAGUAAAGAAAAUUGUAUUGUGGACAACAUCAAAGUGUGUAGUAAUGACAGUGGAAGUGGAAAAUUUAAAUGUGUUUGCAUCACGAUGAGAAUCCCUCGGAACCCAACCAUUGGAGACAAGUUUGCCAGCCGGCAUGGGCAGAAGGGCAUCCUGAGCAGACUGUGGCCAACCGAGGACAUGCCCUUUACCGAAAGUGGGAUGGUCCCAGACAUUCUGUUCAACCCUCACGGGUUCCCAUCCCGAAUGACCAUUGGUAUGUUAAUCGAGAGCAUGGCGGGCAAGUCUGCAGCUCUGCAUGGUCUCUGCCAUGAUGCCACACCCUUCACCUUUUCAGAGGAGAAUUCGGCCUUGGAGUACUUUGGUGAGAUGUUGAAGGCUGCUGGCUACAACUUCUAUGGCACUGAGAGGCUGUACAGUGGCAUCAGUGGGGUAGAACUGGAAGCAGAUAUUUUCAUUGGCGUGGUUUAUUACCAGCGGUUACGCCACAUGGUCUCAGACAAAUUCCAGGUCAGAACCACCGGAGCCAGAGACAGAGUCACUAACCAGCCCAUCGGGGGGAGAAACGUCCAGGGUGGGAUCCGUUUUGGGGAAAUGGAGAGGGAUGCUCUGUUAGCUCAUGGAACUUCUUUUCUCCUUCACGACCGCCUCUUUAACUGUUCUGACCGGUCGGUAGCCCACGUGUGUGUGAAGUGUGGCAGUCUGCUCUCUCCGCUGUUGGAGAAGCCACCCCCUUCGUGGUCAGCCAUGCGCAACAGAAAAUACAACUGUACUGUGUGCAAUCGCAGUGACACUAUCGACACUGUUUCUGUGCCUUACGUUUUUCGGUAUUUUGUAGCUGAACUGGCAGCUAUGAACAUCAAAGUAAAACUGGAUGUCAUUUAAUUGGUGUGGCCUUUUGGGUUAGGUGAUCUGUCAGAUUAAAACAAAAUGUAACUUCAGU